AAUGCCGCCCACUCACGAUGGUGGAUUAUCUAGAAGUGGCGUAACAACAUACUUUAAACCUACGUUGGACGGCAAUUCAAAUGCUAUACCUAGGCCUAGGAAAUUAGAUGCUUAUGCAAAAAGAAAGUUAAUAUUUGAAAGGCGACCUAAAUUGGAGCCAAUUGCCGAAACGAGUUACUAUGCUGAAGACCAUCAAUAUUACAUGGGCAACGGCGAUAUACGAAAUAAUGACGAUGGCUCCGAAUACAAUGAUACCAAGUCGGAAAUUAGCACUCAGACGGGGGAUAGUCUAAGACUGCCUAACGGACUAAAAGAUCCAAGGUUAGCUUCAUAUAAUAACGCAGCUUUUGAAAGUCCUGAAGAUCUGAAACAUUCGGAAGCAGCUCUGGAGUCGAAUAUAGAGAAGAAAAAGUACAAGAAGAACUGGAGAACUAUGGUUCUAGCCGUGGUAAUAAUCGCUCUUGUUGCGGCUGGUGCUUGUGCAGCUGCUGUUAUAUUCGCCCUAAAAGCUGCAAACAAAAAUGAUUCAAGCACUAAAACAACCAUAUUACCUACAAAGACGCCUACCACGUUUCCUUACGAAGUCUCUUUUAAAUAUGACAAAACUUUUGAUAGCAAAUUAUCUGAUAAGAAGAGUGAUAGCUUUAAAUACCUAUCGAAGAAAACUUGCGAACUGGUGAAAGCUGGCAUACAGGAAACAGACUUUAACAAUUGCUCAGUGAUCAAAUUCGAACAAGGAAGCAUUGUAGCUGUAGUAAGAUUAUCAUUAAUUAAAGACAUAAGCGUUCUGGAGUUGGAGAAUAACAUUAAAUCAGUGUUCAAAACUAAGUCGGAUGAAUUCGUUCAGACAUAUAAACCAUUGGAAGAUAGCGUUAAAGCCUCAACAUUUCGGGAACAAACAACUAUUUUUCAUACAUCACGUUCAAUGAAUAAAGCAACUACAUCAUCAUUAACUACCACAAUUCAAACAACUAAGAAAAUAGUUGAAUUAUCUACCUCACCAGCUGCUCAGCUAACGACAGCAGCUAGGGAUUUUGUAACAACUGACCAUUUGACUACAGAAGAUGGCGCUAGUAGUCGUACCACAACUUAUCAAACAAAAGAAGAAACACAAUUUACCACUAAAAAAUCGGAUGAUUCAACAACGUCUCCAACAAUAGAGAUAGCAACCGAUACAAAUUUAACAACUAACUACGAAGUAAAAGCGGUGGGAAAUGUGACUGAACAAAUACAAACCACCGUAUCUAAUAUCACGUAA